AUGACCCAGGGAAACGGCCAGCCUACAUCAUCACCAACGGUAGCAUACCUCGCUCCACCCGGAACCUUUACCUACCAGGCCGCCCGCGAAGUCUUUGGAGCAAGUGCGACAUACGUCCCCUGUACCGCAAUCCCAGAUCUCUUCUCCACGAUACGUGAUCCGUCAAAAGGGUGUACCCACGCCGUCAUUCCGUACGAAAACUCGACGAACGGAUCAGUCGUACCAACCCUCGACCUCCUCCGCGACCUCCCUCUCUCAUCCUCCACCUCCUCCGGCCGUCUUCGAGUCGUCGCCGAGAAAUAUCUCCGAGUACGGCAUACACUAUUAGGAAAUGGAGACUUAAAAUCCGUUCGACGAAUCUACAGCCACGCACAAGCCUUCGGCCAAUGCGAGCAAUUCCUCACAAAACAUUUGAAGGGCGUGGAACGUAUCGCAGUGUCCUCGACCUCGCGGGCUGCGGAGUUGGCGAAGGAGGAGGGGGAGGAGACGGUGGGGAUUGCGGGGGAGAUUUGUGGGGAUAUGUUUGGGGUUGGGGUUUUGGCGAGGGAUAUUCAGGAUAAUGAUGAUAAUACGACACGCUUCCUCAUCCUCUCACCACACCCCGCAUCACCAUACCCAACGCCCGCCCCCACCCAACGCACCCUCAUCCGCGUCCACGCACCAAUACACGCUCUCCUCGCUUCCCUCCCACCAUCACUAACUAUCGACUCCAUCCGCUCGAGACCAGCUAAAAGUGGAGGGUUUGAGUAUGUUCAUUUCGUGGAGUGUGUGGGUGAUGGCCAUGGGGAGGGAGUGGAAGGUGAGCUGGGAGGGCUGGAGGAGCGGGAGGGGGUUGAUGUGCUUGGGGUUUUUGGGGAUUGGAGGGGGGUGCAGGUUGGGAGGGGGCGGAAAGGGAUGGAGAAUGGGGAUAAUGGGGUAUGA